UUGGUCAUAUGAGUGCGUUUAAAAUUUGAGUGGAAAAUUUGAAAUUUGUUUUUGUGCUCGUCUGGUAAAGCUGCUGCACAGGACAUUAUUAUUAUUAUAGUUUUUAAUAAUUCAGUGCGUCUUUAUAAUCGCUAGAUUAUUAUCAAAGAAUCAAAAGGCUACACUGUUCUGUGAAAAACAUGGAUUCGCUUGACAAUGGUGGUUGUGUUCUUCUUACUGAGGAAAAGUUUGACUUUGACCUUACAUUGUCUCCUGCAAGUGUAAAGGAUGAAGAUGAAGAUGAGGAUGAUGAAGUGUUUGUGGGGCCUGUUAGGCAUAAAGAGAAAUGUGUUUUAGCUGGAAUUGAAAAACAAGCUAACAUGACUGAAAGCAAGACUGAGACCAUCCCCACAGGAAGUUGGAGCCCUAUAAGUGGGGAUAAGUUUGUUGAAAUUUUUAAAGAAGCACACUUUCUGGCAAGGCAGUUUGAAAAAAGUGGAGUGGAUGUUGUACAGCCUGAAAAGAGAACUGUUAAAAAUGAAGUUGUUGAAAAGUUUGUUGAGAACUCUAAAGCUAAACUUAAUGUUCUUCAUAAAGCAAAAGAGCAUGUCAUUAGCCCAGUUAAAAGGGACACAUUUUGUGUUUGGGAUAGUCCUUUAAAACAGCUCCCACCAGCCAUACAACAACGUCUCCUAUCCUCCAACACGGCUGCAAGUCCAUCAAAAAUAAAUGCUAGUGCAUCCAGUCCUGCUAAAGUUUGUAAGACUCAACAGCAGAAACAGAGCACAGGUAGUUCAGCAAAUGUGUGCAAGAAAGAAGCUACACUAUCUUAUUCAAAGCGAAUUCCCUUAAGCAAAGCAGUGUCUUCAAAACCUGGUGGAAAAAGUGGACAUAUGGCAGCAGAGAAGCCAAGAACUGGAAUUAAAUAUAGUUCUUCAAGGAGGCGGCAUAACAGUAGUGCAUGUUCAUCAGAGGAUUUGCACUCUGAUAAUGCAAGCAUUGCUUCAGAUAUAAGUGAGUCGUCCCUAAAUGGUAGCAUCCUCGGAAAAAGAACUGUUCCAGUUUCCAAUAAGAUUGGUCUUCGAAAGUCUUAUGGAACAAAACCUGCUGUCCAGCACAGAGGUGUUGGGGUUGCUACUAGAAGAAACACAUCCUCCUCCUCCUCCUCUAUCAAGUAUGAAUUCAAGCAUGAACUCCAGUAUUUCUGUGUCUCCUGGAAAAGGUAAAACAAACACAUUGGUAAAUAAUUCCUUGAGCAAAACAAAGAUGCAGGCAUCUUCCAGUGGGAAAAGACUUGUACCACCUGUAGUUGGUGGACGUUUACACACAUCUCAAGUAAAAAAAAGUUCCAGUUGUUGCAUCUAAGCUAGUCAAAUCUGCAAGUGCUAGUAGUAAACUCCAUAGUCCUGCCAGACGACUGGGAUCUGCAGCAACACUUCAACCGCACACUCCAGACAACAAGGAACGACCAAGUUCAGUGCGAAAUGUGCAGAGUUCAGCUCAACAAAAUAAAACUACAAGUGACAUCAAGGGAAGUGUACCAGUAUUCCCUAAACCAAAGGCAUUUGUUGCACCUACACCAACUGGUCACCUGAAAGGUCCAAGGUACUCCGGGGUACCUUCACCUGAAGCACCUCGGAUUAUGCAACCCAAGAGGCUAAUGUCAUGCAGUAAUACUGGAAGCACUCGGGCAAGUACCACUACUGAUCUUUCUGCUCAAGUUGCACAACAUACUCCCAUUCUCGGAGCUCGAUCUGUCUCUGUGACAUCCAGUGUAUGCCGUUCCUCUGCCUUGCCUACACCAGUGAGCAGACGUUUCUCUGGAAUUCCAGUAAUGACCCCCAGAACUCUACCAAGGACACUGGUGUCUUCAUGUCAAACAUCUGAGAGUGCCAAAGUCCUUUUAUCUGACAGAAGAUUUUCAGCAAGUACCCUACAGAUAAAUGAAGUAAAGCCACAAGACAAGUGCCAGUAUGAUUCUUUACCCAGAGAACAGUCUCCUCCACUACAGAUGGUCCCAUGUGCUCUAAAUUUUUCACCAGAGAACCCAAAGGCAGAACUACACCAAGUCAUUUUAAAAGAUCAGACAGUUAAAAGCCCUACAAAACCUUGUGAUGCUUUAACAGAAACACAACUUCUGAGGUCUGCUGAAAAAGAGACUUUGCUUGUGGACAUUGAAGUGGAUGCUCAACCCUCUGUUCCAAAGACAGAAGAUAGACCUCUUAUUGAUCUCUCAAACACUCCAGACUUGAUUAACAAAUCACUGCUGCUCAAGCCUACUGUGGUUGGACAGUUAAUUGACCUGAGUUCCCCGCUUAUAAAAUUUUGUCCAGUGGCCAGAAAGGAGAAUGAAGUGGAGUCCCCUUUAAUUAAGUUUACAUUUUAAAUGUUUUGUCAUUACAAUCUGGUCAAUGUUUUAAAGUGUAAAAUGUAUUUACUGGUACUGUGGAUUUGUAUAAAUUAUAUUCAAGAUAUCGUGUUUGUUUUUUUUUAAAUUUAGUAGUAUUUAAGAGAAAAGGUGGAUAGUGAACUUUUGGAAUUAAACCUUAAUAAUAAGAAAACAAAAAAAAAUAGGUUCUGGGUUUACUUGUGUUAAUGUGCUAACUUUAAUUUUAUUACAUGAAUCAUUUAUUUGCAAAUGACUGGGUUUCUUUUGAAUAAAGUAACUUAUUUUAGUUUGGGACCAACACAGUUUAAAAUUAACUUAUGUAUUUCAAAUUCUAGAAAAUGUAUUUUACAUGUUUUAUUAAUCUUGUAUGUAAUAAUAAAAAAAAAUGCAAUAAAUAUCCAAUUAAUUCUA